AUGAAGAACCUGAUAGAGCAGGUGCGUGAACGAGAGCUGAACAAGGCGAAAGAUUUCGACCCCGAAGAUGAUGUUGUGCCCUCCGCCAGCGAAGACGAGUCUGAAAGCGACGACGGUCCCGGAGACGACGCCGGUCGAGAACAUUACGAAGCUGUGGGGAAAAGUAGACUGCGAAAACCCGAACAACCAGCCCUCGGUGCGAAAUAUGGAGGCGUGGCAGUCAGUCGUGCUGCGUUGAACGACCAAGACGACGAAGACGACCCGUUUGCACCGGUGGACGAGUCUGACGACGACGAUCCCUUCGCUGCACGCAAUGGCGCUGCAGAUGGUUCCGAACAAGAGGAUGGCUCAGAUGUGUCCAACAAUCUCGAGGCAGGAUCCGUUGGAGACGAAAGCGAAGAGAUCGACAGCGACGAAGCACUAGGUGAAAGCGAUGUCGAGAAAUUCAAGAACUUCACGUUCCGCGGGAGCAAGAAGAACCGCAUAGAGCCGUCGCGGGAUGAUGGUAGUGACGACGAUGUAUCAGACGAAGAAUCAGAUGAAGAAGAGUCCGGCGCCACAACGGACGAUUCUGACAUCGACAUGGACGACGACUCCGAAGAAGAAGCGUCAGACAAUGGCGACGACUCCUCCUCCGUCUCGUCUGCCACCAGAUCCUCCCCGCCAGCAUCGCGAUCCAGCAAACCCUCUCACAAUCCGGAGCGGGAAGAACUGAAACGGCUCGCAUUCUCAUCUGCGUCCACUGCAGGCCUGGCGUCCGCACUGUCCGCCGGAGCCAAUGCAGACGUCCAGAAAGGUCGAGCAGUCAAGCAACAACGGCAGACAUUCGACCGAUUGUUAGACGCUCGAAUCAAGCUGCAAAAGGGUAUCACUGCCGCGAACGAUCUGGGGUCGGCUACUCUCACAGACGAAGAGGUCCAGCACGCCGCCAAACAGGCCGAAGACGCCGCACUCGCGCUGUGGUCAACGAUCGACUCGAUCCGAUGUACUCUACUCUCGAGCUCCGAGUCAGCGGCCCCAGGAGCCUCAAACACCACGAAAUCCCUCAAACGCAAACAGCAGCAACAGCAACAGCCGCAGCCACUAAAAGCGACACGCUCAACGCCUCUCCCAGAAAUAUGGGAACAUAGCAACCUCCUCGAAGAAGCGGCGCGCCUCACACGCCGUCAAAUCCUCGAUAAAUGGCACGCGAAGACCCAACCGGUUCUCGACACUGCGCCGCGCUCGAAACUGCUGCCGUCCAAGUCAUCAUCGUCACAUGGGAAUUCCCGCCUGACCGAUGUUCUGGAUACAUAUCUCGCGACAGAAUCAUCGAAAUUGAUCGCGCAGAGCUGGAUUCAGACUGUCAGUCCCAAUGCUACUUCGACUUCGACUUCGACUUCGACUUCUACUUCUACUAGCAACGAACCUACAAGCCCCAAUCCCAACCCAGCGACCGGAACCUACGACGACGGAAUCUUCUACCAAGCCCUCCUCCGCGACCUGAUCGCCUCGCGCACCGCCAACUUGAACGCCACCACCAACGGCCUCUCAACCACCACCAACGGCGUCGCUGAUGGGCCGUUGCUGCUCCCGCCGAAACUCCAUCCGUCCGGCAGCCGGCAUAAGAAGGUCGACACGAAAGCGUCCAAGGGCCGGAAAGUGCGGUACACGGUCCAUGAGAAGCUGGAGAACUUCAUGGCCCCGGAGGACCGGGCGACGUGGGAAGACGCGGCCAGAAGCGAGUUCUUUGCGAGUCUGUUUGGGAAUGCUGUGGCGAGGGUUCUGGAUGAGGAGGAUGAAGAUGGGCCAGAAAAGGAAAACGAGAUAGAUGAGGCUGAAGCUGAGGCUGAGGCGUUGCGCUUGUUCAGGAGUUAG